CUGCUGCUCCUCAAAGCACCGGGUGCCAAAACCCAGUCCUGAAGCAGUCGUGGGUGGGUGCUGCUCUCCCCAAGAGCUGCUGUUUGUGGGUGCUGCUCUCCCUAGAGCUUUCUCCUGGUUCCAGGGAGCCCCAGCCCUUCCCAGGCCCAUGGGGGAAGCCUGUCCUCAUGGCUGCUGGCCCCACACCACCACCCUGGUCCCAGGAGAGCAGGUUGGAGCAGUGGUUUGCAUACCUGGGCUGUCAGUGACUGCCACCACAUCAUCUGUCUCAUCCCCCACCAGCAUAUGGGGCACAUCCUCUGGGGCUGUCCCCAAACACCCUGUGGCCUUGCUGGCCACCCCCACUCUGUGCCACCUCCUUGUCCUCCUCUCCCUCCCAGGCCACCUUGAUCCCAGCAGCCACCAAAGGGUCCUGAUGAAAACGGGCCUCAUCCUCCUCAUCAUCGGGCACCUCAACUUCAUCGCUGGUGGCCUCGUCCACGGCAUCGUCCUCCGCUUUGUGGUCGACCCCCAGGACCCCAUCUCCCUGCUGUACGGUGUCACCAACGUCACCUCGGCCAUCGCUGCUCUGCUGACCAUCUCCUGCGGACUCGCUGCCCUCCUGCUGUCCCGCUGCCCGGCCCCUGCCGCCCUCCCCUGGGGGGUGCUGGCCCUGAGCGCCGCCAGCUGCGGCUCCUGCCUGUGCUGCCUGCUGGGGCUGGCUGUGGCCAUCGGGCUGACGCUGGGCGACCAAGGCCGGGCCCUGCUGGCCCCCUGCACCCCCACCAAGGUCGCCCUUGCCCCCGUGUCCCACCAGUGCCCCUUCGAUCCCACCCGCGUCUACAGCUCCACCUUGUGCCUCUGGGUCACCUCCCUCCUGCUCGACUCCCUGGGGAUCGUCUUCGGGAUCCGCUGCCUCCUGCUCAUCCUGCGCCUGCUCCGCCUCGGCCGCUGCUGCCGCGGGACGCACCGGAGGAAGGUCUCCUUGCAGGUGGUCCCUGUGGAGACCCCCAGCUCUGGGCAGUGCCUGGGCUUGCUGAGGCUGGACAGUGUGGAAACUGCCCGGCUCUGA